CCCUCCCCCUCCCACUCCAACCAUCUCCCCUGACUGACUGCUUCGCCUCUCCCUUCCCCUCCAAGCAGCUGCCUGCUGCUAGCUAGCUAGCUCCUCCUCCCGCCGCCGUCGCCAGACAGCCAGCCGCCACUCCUUCCCUAUAAAUCCUCCUCUUCGCCGUACUCCUCCUCAGACCGAAAACCUCUGCCACCACUCCUCAUCACGCUUGCGCUUAAGCAUCUUGUUCUAGCUUCUUGCUUCAACCGAGACAAAGAGAGCCGCGCAGAAGGCAGCAAGCCGGCCAAGAAUCUACCUGCGGCCAUGUCCGCGCAAGUGGCGGCACCGUCAGCAGCGUCUGCUGCGGAGAAGGCUACGAUGGCGGCGACGGCGGCGUGGCCAUACGUGGAGUACAUGGCGCGGUGGGAGCGGCAGGUGGAGCGGCGGCAGCUAUUCCUCCGGAGCUACCACUUCUCCCGCGACGCCGACCACCACCUCUCACCACGCGCGCGCACGCGCCGCGUCGUCUGGGCCGGGGCGCGCCGCCUGCGCCGAGCCGCCGCCACUGGGCUCCGCCGCCUCCGCGCGCGCCUGCGCCUCUGCUUCGGCUGGGCCGCGCCCGCGCUCCGCCGCCGCUCCUCCCCCCGGCGUGCCGGCAACGGGUUCCGCUACGGCCGCCUCAACCGCCCCACCGCCGGGAAGGCGGCGCCGGCCUCGGCCGCCGCGUCCGUCUGCUUCUGGUAGCCGGCCCGCGACGCGAGCGGCAUCGUGCAAGGAAAGCUACAAAUCCAACGGCGGCCAACGCAGUAGCACUUGUUGGCUUCCGAGUUAAGCUUAACUACAUAGGUACAAGUAAAAAAAUUAGCCGGUGAAUGCUAGCAGUCACUUCUUCUGCUCACUGCUUGAUUAGAGAGGAUUAUUACUCAAACAGGGCGCCUGUAUGCUCAAGAGGAUUGAUUGUAUCCUCUACAUGUUUUUUCGUUCUUUUUGAUGUUUGAUUUGGAUGGAUGAAGUGUGUAGUUUGCUCAA